AUGGCAAAUCUCACUCUUUACAAUAUUUACAUUGCUGCCCUCGUGGCUGUGGGAGGCUUUAGCUAUGGAUUUGGCUUCUCUAUGUUCGCCACUAGUAUAGCAAUGCCGGGUUUUUAUAAUUACUUUGGUCUUGUUGAGAACAGUGACUAUGCUGCAAAGAUACUUGGUGGCGUAAAUGGAGUGUUCAAUUUUGGCCUUGCCAUGGGUGCGCUCCUUCAAGGAUGGCUCUCAGAUACCUUAGGACGAAAGAAAGCACUUGCGCUGGCCGCUGCAUUUGCUACAAUUGGGGGAGCAUUGACUGCUGGGUCUGUGGCCAUUCCAAUGCUCAUCGUUGUUCGUUUUCCACAAGGAAUUGGACUGGGCAUCCUCUUGAGUCUUGUCCCAGUUUAUCUUACUGAAGUUGCCCCUCCUCACAAGCGAGGCAUGCUUUCGGGCUUAACAACAUGGUCCUUUACAAUCGGGUAUUUGAUCUGUGCAUGGAUUGGAGUCGGCGCAUACUUUGCCAAAAACGAGGCGGUACAAUGGAGAAUGCCUAUAGCUCUCUCUUGUUUCGCACCAGUGGUAUUAUUUUGCGGUUCUCCACUCAUCCCUGAGUCACCACGGUUCUUAGUCCAGGUUGGCAGAAAGGAAGAGGCGUGGGGUAUCCUUCAAAAAAUACACCAUGAUCCCACCGAUCCCCAGGAAACUGCAGCUCAUGCUGAAUUUAUUCAAAUUCAAAGACAAAUCGAAUUUGAAAGAGCGGAAGAAGUAUCAUAUCUCAAGAUGUUAACAAAGCCCUCCUGGAGAAAACGGAGUUUGCUAGCAUUUUUCGUCCAGUUUGCUUCACAGUCCUCUGGUAUCCUUGCCAUUGCGAAUUAUAUGACUUUGGUGUUCGUCGAUCUGGGCAUGACAGGAGUGAUCCCUUUGGUUCUGUACGCGGUGGCCAACUGCUUCGGUUCCAUUUCUGUCACUGCUUCCGUGUUCCUAAUUGAUAGGGUCGGCCGCAGGACUCUAUUGCUCAUUGGGUUUCCUAUCCUCGCAUGUAUUUUACUUACUGAGGGGAUAUUACAGUGGAAAUAUGUUGGUACUGACAACCACGUCGGACUAGGCGCUGCUGUGGCUGUGUUAUACCUCUAUUUCAUCGUUUUUUGCGGAUGCAUAGAUGUCACCCAGUUUGUCUGGGCUGCCGAGAUCUUUCCUACGUCAAUUCGCUCAAGAGGUACCGGGAUCUCAACAUUUGGUUACUUCGUUGGAGCAAUUACAUAUACAACUCCUUCCGCUGUGGCGAUGAGAAACAUUAAACACAAUAUUUUGUAUCUUUACAUGGGCCUUUGCAUUAUUUCUACGAUUAUCAUUUAUUUUUUUGUCCCGGAAACAAAACAGCUUCCGGUUGAAGAGAUUGCCGCCUUAUUUGGUGACAAAGUGGUUGUUCACCUUACUGCAGAUGGACAGCAUCUUAUAGAGGAAGAAGACAUCUCAGAAAAGGCCACAAAUGUACAACAAAUUUCAGUGGUGUAG